AUGUCGACCGAAGGCAGUCAUGACAAGCCGUCUGGGCAAGACUUCCAAUUCGAUGCCUCCGAUGUUAUUGUGGUGCUUGAAGAGAAGGGACGAUCGCCCGAGGUGAUUGAACAACAUUUUCAGUUGCGCGCCCGAUAUUCCCCGCACGCCUCCGUAUUCUUUCGCCUCUUCCCAGUCAUUGACAACGCGUCAACUACGACCACCGCCUGCGUACAAAUAAAAGCCGGAGACAUCAAGUCGUUGGAGAAGGAAGUUUAUGGGAAGGUCAACGCCGCCAAUCCAGGCCCGGCUCAUGUUGAAGUUGUCCGCGGACUGCUGGGUGGCAUGCAUUCGGUAGCCUGUCUCCGAUUCAAGCUGCGCAGCCACGGGACAAUCGACCUGAUCCAACCAGUGGACUCAGAUAUCGACAACGUACCUGGUGAUCGGAUCUUAGAUACAUGCGCAUCGCUCAGGUCUCUCGCGGCGGCCUCGCUGUUUUCCCUGUAUUUUCGACACGAUAUCUUGCGUCGGAAGACGUUCAAUAAAUACGUGUGGGCUGUUGGACAAUUCUCACUGUUGACGGAACCCGAGAAGCAACCGUAUAAGUGCAUGGUGGAUGCGCGCAGGCUGUAUCAUGGCGCUGGCGACAAAGUGCACGUACCUCACGGCCAUCUUGGUCCUUCGCCCACGCGAGAUCGCUGCAGUCCUCCUGCUCCUGGAACGCCCGCCUCGUGCGGUAGCGGUAGCACGCUCCCCUUCGAUGAGGUGCCGCCUUGCCGAGGCCGCCGCGGCUCACCGCCGCCGUAUGCCGAAUGCGUGACCGAAGGACAGUCACCGAGGGCCGGAUCAGACGCCGCAUCCAUCAUCGCCACAACUCCCGCAGCCGACUGCGACCUGCCAGAGUAUGGCGAUGCCAAACGACGGGAUGAUUCACUGGAUCCCCAUCUGGCCGCUCCCCCUUGCGGAACUGAAGACAACCGUCCAACAACAAAAAGGAAAUGGUCCAUACGUGCCACAACGUCAUCCGCAACGCACGCCCAUCGACCCGAGAAAUUACAGCGAUCCCUGUUCGUCGAUCUAGAUGGCGAGAACCAGGUCGCAAUUUUGCAUGACCUGCAACAACAAAUUAGGCAGCGAGACCAACAGAACGAAGAGCUACAAAAGACUGUCGACCAGUUACGGACAACCGUCGGAGAACUACAGAAGAGAGUUGAGAUAAUGCAGACGUGGAAGAAAAAACAAGAGGAACUAGUUGGUGAUCUGGAAGGAACCUGUUCUCAAUUGGCAGAGCGCCAAGACGACUUUGACGAUGCCGUUGACUGUUUGUCUGGCGAUGUGGACGAGCUUGCCGCGAAACAUGACGAGCUCGGGAAACAGAUGCUAGAUGUCAGUGACGAGUUCCAGGACUUGAUGGAAGGUAUGGUGUGCAAGGCCCAAGAAGAAAUCCGCAAAACCGUUGAAGACGGUAUGGCGAAACAAAUACAAGAGAUUGUUGAGGCUCAAAGCUAA